AUGACAAUGGCUCAGGAAAGUUACCAGAAAUUAUCUGCAAGUACAAAAAGAAGAAACAGGCGACAUAAACUUAAAUCAAUUUUAUCACAGACUCAAAAUAAUCUAGCAAACAAUUCAAAUAACAUAGACCAUAAAAGUCAUCCAGAAAUAACUAAAGACUCUAACAAAAACUUCAUAGUAAACCACAACAUCCUAGGAGAUGUACAAGAUAGCUUAUUAAAAAACAAAAUAGAAGAAAAUAUAAAAAUGUCAUCCACAGAUAAUAAAUCUAGGGAUGAUGUAAUGGCCGCCAGACAGGCCAAGAAGCUGGCCAAACAGAAAGGCAAAGGGAAAGAACCAGUACAAAAUGAAAUAAAAGAACAAAACAUAGCUAAGCCUGUUGCUCCAAAAUCAGAGCCAGCGCCAUCUACAGAGAAGAAAGUAACAAAAGAAGAACAAAAGCCUGUCAAAGAACUUAAUAAGGAACCUACUUCAAAGGGAAAGGAUGAAGUGGAUAGAGCAGUUAAGGUAGAUCCUAUAAUUGAAGGUGCUGAUAGAAGUAAGGAGGAUAUUAAAGCAGAAAGGGCUGCAAAGAAAGCUGCUAAACAAGCUAAGAAGAAGGGGGCCACAGAAGGAGAGAGAGUAGAAGAAGUGAAGGUUCCUGAAAAACCUGCUGUGAAGGAGGUUAGUAAACAAGUAAAUGAAGAUAUGACUGUCAAAGAUGUAGUAGAAACUCUCAGAGAUAUUGCUAUUGUAGCUAAGGAGAUGAAAGAGGUGACUGUUAAAGUUAGUGCUAUUGAUCUAAGUGGUAAAAAGGCUGAAGAGAGUAACAAAAGCAAGGCUGAACUAAAGGCUGAAAGACGUGCAAAGCAGGAGGCUCAGAGAGCUGCCAAGCAAGCUGCACAGGAGAAGGCUGCCGCUGCUGCGAAACCUAAAGUGGAAGCCAAGUCCGCUGAAGGAGAUGCUGUUAAAGUCAAAGAGGAUAAAGCACAAAAACAGAAAACAUUAGAGAAAGCUAAAGUGAAGACUGGAAAUGGUCAUAGAGUCAACUGGUUCCAACAUUUAUACAAGGAACAUGACAAAGAAGCACUCAAGUCUAUCGCCAUCAACUCCAACUUGCACCCAGCCAUUGUGAAGCUGGGUGUACAGUUGGCGUCCAAAGUCGUCAGCGGCUCCAACGCUAGGUGCGUCGCACUCCUCGAUGCUCUCAAAAAGAUGGUACGUGACUAUACGCUCCCAGCAAAGACUGAGUUCGCUCGAGGACUUGAGUCCCACCUAGCAACCAGUCUGGACUUCCUAUGGGCCAUGAGAUCACCUUCAGCUUCCCAAACCAACGCCAUCAAGUUCUUCAGAUACCACCUCACACAGUUACCCAAUAACGUCGAUGAGUUUGACGCAAAGAAGACACUGCAGGAAGAGAUAGACCGAUACAUAAAGGAACAAAUAGACAUGGCGGGCGAAGCUAUCAGUAUAACAGUGCGCAACAAAAUAGCUGACGGAGACAACAUACUGACUUAUGGAUGUUCAUCACUAAUCGAGCGCAUCCUCCGCGACGCGUGGUCGGCCGGGCUCAAGUUCCGCACCGUCGUCGUGGGCAACCGCGUCCACACCGGCGCCACCGACAUGUUGCGGCGACUGGUCGCGCAUGGCCUGCCCUGCACCUAUAUUGAUAUUACAUCGCUCUCCUCUGUUAUGGAUAAGGUAAACAAAGUGGUACUAGGCGCGAGUGCCCUCCUCGUGAAUGGGUCCGUCCUGGGCGCGGCGGGCACGGCGCAGGUGGCGCUGGGGGCGCAGGCCUACAACGUGCCCGUACUCGUCGCCUGUGAGACGCAUAAGUUCUCCGAGCGAGUACAGACUGACGCCUUCGUCUAUAAUGAAAUUGGUGACCCAGACGACCUAAUCGACAAAUCAGACGAGAACUCUCCACUGAAGGACUGGCGGUCGAACCCUAACCUGACGCCAUUAAAUCUGACCUAUGACGUCACACCACCGAGUCUUGUCACCGCUGUAGUUACUGAACUAGCCAUCCUACCAUGCACUAGUGCGCCCGUCGUACUAAGAUUCAAAUUGUCAGAAUAUGGAGUGUAA